CUUCUCCAACUCAUACUUCCGGCCGUGCGUGGAAGAAGGAAUAAAAAAAAACUUGGACAUCCUAGCAAAAGUUUUUUUUUUGUUUUGUUUCAUUAUCUUGAACUUGCGAAGCUCUAACAGCACAAUUCAGUCACAUUUCAUUUGUGCCUCGCUACCUUAUUACCGCGUAUUGCGUAUAAGCGUCGCGCACGCUGUUGGGGAUGGCGAACAGUUUGUGUUACGGUGAGCAGGGAGGCGCGGACAGCGGCGUGGAGGUCGGACAGGAGACUCCGACCGCGGGUGGAGCAGGCUUCGGCCUGUUCAGCACCGACUUCAAGAGGAACGAGGACCUGAAGGAGAUGCUGGAGAGCAGCAAGGAGUCCCUCAAACUGGAGGCCAUGAAGAGGGUGGUGGGGCUGAUAGCCAAGGGCAAGAACGCAUCAGAGCUGUUCCCUGCAGUGGUGAAAAAUGUUGCAAACAAGAACCUCGAGCUGAAGAAGCUAGUGUAUGUGUACCUGGUCCGUUAUGCGGAGGAACAGCAGGAUCUUGCCCUACUGUCAAUCAGCACCUUCCAGCGUGCCCUCAAGGACCCAAACCAGUUGAUCCGCGCCAGUGCCCUGCGGGUUCUCUCCAGUAUCCGCGUACCCAUCAUCGUACCCAUUAUGAUGUUGGCCAUCAAAGAGGCGGCGUCUGACCUUUCGCCCUACGUCAGGAAAACGGCCGCCCACGCCAUUCAGAAACUCUACAGUCUGGAUGCUGAUCAGAAGGACCACCUGAUUGAGGUGAUUGAGAAACUGCUGAAAGACAAAAGCACGCUGGUGGCCGGCAGCGUGGUGAUGGCGUUUGAGGAGGUGUGUCCGGACCGGAUCGAUCUGAUCCACAGGAACUACCGUAAGCUGUGUAACCUGCUGAUGGAUGUGGAGGAGUGGGGCCAGGUGGUCAUCAUCAGCAUGCUGACCCGCUACGCCAGGACACAGUUCAUUAGCCCGUGGAAAGAGGAUGGCGUCUUUGAGAACAGUGAGAAGGCAUUCUAUGAAUCUGAUGAGGAGAAGAGGAAGAGCGCAGAGGAGACAAAGCCGUACGCGAUGGACCCAGACCACCGACUUCUGCUCCGCAGCACCAAACCCCUUCUCCAGAGCAGGAACACAGCAGUGGUAAUGUCAGUGGCACAGUUGUAUUGGCAUCUGGCCCCUAAGCAUGAAGUGAACAUCAUCACAAAGUCUCUGGUGCGUCUGCUGAGGAGCCACAGAGAGGUUCAGUAUAUUGUGCUGCAGAACAUUGCCACCAUGUCCAUCCAGAGAAAGGGCAUGUUCGAGCCAUUCAUGAAAAGUUUCUACGUAAGAUCUACAGAUGCCACACACAUCAAAACACUGAAGCUGGAGAUUCUGACUAACUUGGCAAACGAAGCGAAUAUCUCCACGGUACUUCGAGAGUUCCAGACAUAUGUUAAGAGCCAGGAUAAAGCAUUUGCAGCUGCCACAAUCCAAGCAAUCGGCAGGUGUGCGACCAACAUCUCAGAGAUCACAGACACCUGCCUGAAUGGUCUAGUGCUGCUGCUUUCUAACAGAGACGAGACGGUGGUGGCAGAGAGUGUGGUGGUGAUCAGGAAGCUACUGCAGACUCAGCCUUCAGAACACAGUGAUAUCAUCAAACACAUGGCCAAACUGUUUGACAACAUUACCGUGCCUAUGGCGCGUGCCAGUAUUCUGUGGCUGAUUGGUGAGUACUGUGAACACGUGCCAAAAAUCGCCCCUGAUGUUCUGCGAAAGAUGGCCAAGACCUUUCACAACGAGGAAGACAUAGUCAAACUACAGACCGUCAGCUUGGCUGCAAAACUGUACCUCACCAACUCCAAACAGACUAAGCUGUUGACCCAGUACAUUCUGAACCUGGGGAAGUACGAUCAGAACUAUGAUAUCAGAGAUCGCACCCGCUUCAUCCGCCAGCUCAUCGUUCCCAGCGAAAGGGGCGGAGCCCUCAGCAAAUACGCACGCCGCAUUCUGCUGGCCCCCAAGCCGGCCCCCGUGCUUCAGUCUGCCUUCAAAGAUCGGGACCGUUUUCAGCUUGGCACGCUGUCUCACACGCUGAAUUCCAAAGCCACGGGCUACCUGGAGCUGUCGGACUGGCCCCCCAUGGCUCCGGAUCAGUCCGUAAGGAAUGUGGAGGUUGCGGAAGCGAUGAAAGAAUGGUCUCCGGCUGUUGGCAAAGCCAAAUCUUCCAAAUCGGAUGAUAAGUUCUACUCUGAUUCUGGAGAGGAAGAGGAUGAGCAGGCGGCAGACAGCGGCAGCGAUGAGGAGGGCGGCAGUGAAGCGUUGAGCAGCGAGGCCGAAAGUGAGAACAGCGAGACUAGCGAGGAUUCCAGCCAAUCAGAAAAGAGCAGUGACUCGGGUACUGGCGUGAAGAAGACGACGACUCAGAAAAACAAGAAACUCCAGCAGGCUAAGAAACCGCGCAAAGUCAGUGACUCAGAUGAGGGUCCGAAGAACGGACAUUCGUGCGAAGCUGGAUCCAGGUCAGGAAGUGGGUCGGGUUCCUCAGAAGAGAGUUCAUCCGAGGCAUCCGAGUCCGAUUCGGAGUCCAGUUCAGAUUCCGAUUCCGGGACUGAACAGAAAAAGCAGUCCGAGGCCAAACCAGCGCAGAAGGUGGAAGAGAAACCAAAGAAGGAGGUUUCACUGUUGGACCUGGAUGACUUUUCUCCGGCUGCAGUAACCAUGACCAAGAGUUCCAUCCUUUCUCCAAGCGUCCUAUCAGACCUGCAUGGGCUCUCCCUUGCUGCCUCCUCCCCUGCCAUACAGCUAAGCUCGCCUGUGUUCGUGCCUGUGCACACUUACGAGCUUCUUCACCGUAUGACGGGCAAAGGCCUCGCUGCACAGUAUCACUUCUCCCGGCAACCGUGCAUCUACGACGACCGCAUGAUAUCUGUGCAGUUGACAUUUAGCAACAAUGGUGACCACACCCUCGAGAACAUCCACAUCUCUGAAAAGACCUCUGCAGGGCAAAAUAUCCACUGCUUCAGCCCCAUCGAAUGUUUGGAGCCGGAGAAGUCAGUAACAGUCUCUAUGGGCGUGGACUUCAAUGACUCCACACAAGCAGCCAGUUUCCAGCUGUGCACUAAAGCUGAAGGCUUCAAUGUGUCCAUCCAGCCAGCUGUGGGAGAGUUGCUGCUCCCUGUCACCAUGAGCGAACAGGACUUUAGCAAAGAGCAAGGAAAACUGCAGGGCAUGAACGAGUCCUCAGCGACCAUCGCCAUGACGCCCGAGAGCAUCACCAGCCAGCCACUCCACAGGAAGGUGGUCAACAUGGCUAACGUGGGCGUGGUUCCGUCAGGACAGAACAACGUGCACAGGUUUGCAGCCAAACUGGUGAGCUCAGGAGCCCUGGUGCUGGUGUGUGUGGUGCAGAAGGACUCUGGAGCUCAACUCACGGUCAACACGGAGAAGACCAUCAUUGGCUCCAUGCUGCUCCGUGAGCUCCAGACAGUGCUGAGCGCCCCCUAGACGCCGUCCUCUGCCUGCAUACUGAGCUCCUUGCACAUCUCCCACUAGACACAAUGCUCCCUCCAGACAGAAUACCUAUUUUACACAGUCCUCCUAAAGGAAGGACUCACACAGCAUACACAGCACACAUGCAGGCACAUAGGGCCUGCACAUAAAUGCUGAAACACUACGCCCACCGGCGUAUGAGAGAAAUCUUCUUCAGUAAGAUUCCCUUCAAUAAGAACCAUCGCCUACCUGCGGUGCAGUACCUCACACUGCCACUGGGGGUAGGGGAGAGCCAUUUACUGUGGUGCUGAUGAAGACGGAGGCCAGGGAAGCUAAACACACGUGUCCCACUGGUCCCAAGCUCCUUUAGGAAUCUGUGUUUUCUGUGAGCCUGUUCUGAAUUACAGUUAUUCCAUUCCUAUACUAGCUUUGCUUUUUGUAAGUUCCAGCCAAGACUGUAUGUGAAGUGCCUUGCUCAGCUGUAUGUUUCAAAACACAAGUGCCCAAAUGGAAUCUCAGAUGUGCAUUCUUAUAAACAGAAUAAAUGAAAAAUGUUGGGGAGAAAAAAAAACAUACAUCUCA